UUUUCUUCCUUACUCCUUCGGAAUCCGUCCGGCCCCUCCAACCCGUAGACGUUGGACUGCUCUGCACAAAACUCAGUUUACGAGGUCGUUUUCCAACACAGCUAUACGCCAUCAUCCUAUUUUUCUAGCCCGAUUCUUCGGCAGCCCAACGAUCAGGCUUUUCACGCCUACACUGGGCGCAGCACGUCUUAUGCAACCAUGGCAGCCGAAACUGAGAAUCAUGUCAAUGAGAAGGGCUUCAAAUCAUUUCUGGGAGACAAAUUUAUAUCUCCAGUAGAUCAAACUGGAUUGGACAGUCUCGACAUUCUCAACCAGCUAUUCACACAAGUUCUCAAUGGAGAAUUACACACUGAGGCCGUAAAGAUCAAGGAAAAUUCACAUGUCCUGGAUCUUGGCUGCGGAAGCGGCCUCUGGGUGAUGCUUAUGGCCCUAGACCACUUGACGCCCGGAACCGGAGUCUUUGAACAGUUUGAGAUCGAUUUGCGAUUCCAGUGCUCCUCUGGCCUCAUUCCAGACGCCUUAAACCAGUGGGCAGAUAAGCUUCACCAGGCCAUGGAAGAGCAUGGCAUGUCUAUGCGAUGCGACCCCGAGGAAAUUCGAUGCAUGCUGCUCAAAAGCGGCUUUGACAACGUUGAAGAGCGGGCGAUUGUUCUUCCAAUCAAUGACUGGCCGCUGGAAAACGACGGUAAAAGAAUCGGGAAAUGGUUUAAUCUCGCCCUCACCAACAGCUUACUGCCAAUGUCCCUUUCACCUUUGGUUCGUGCUGGGAACAACAAGGUCAAGGAAAUCAAUGACCUGAUCAACAAAGCCAGCGAAGAAUUACGUUCCCAGGCACGUACGGAGGGCGUCUACUGCAUGCUCUACAUUUGGACCGCCAUAGCCUGAGUCUUUGAUUGUAGACAAAGUCGCUCACGUCUGACCGCUAGUCCAGACCAAGCUGUUCAAAAUUGGCACCGUCUUUGUCCAAGGCUUGUGCGAUGCAACGGCCCAGAGCUGCUGACAGUAGUCUCUGAAUUUUGAAAUAAAGUUGUAACUAAUGAGUUACCAUCUCUUUACCCCAAGCUUUGGUGACUCUAAGGAUGAGAUUGAGGCGUCUCGAGACUUGCUGUUCAACCUUGUUGAACUUUUCCACUCGUUGGUAUCCUAUCUUGAAGAUGUUGUUGGAAUACGAGGUUCUAGAAUGGCUGAAAAAUCCAAAGUUUACGUCUUUUGGGCUAAAAGACUAUAGCCGGCUGAGAAUCAGGCUGAUGCAGUUCAAGCAAAAUUGCUUCAAAAGUAUAGCAGUCAAAAAC